UUCGUUUAGAAAACUGAACAUGAAAUAUGCGUAAGAUGAACUUUUUCUAUCCAAGAAAGAACAGGGGAAGCAUCACCAAUACUUUACUUUCUUCAAUAAUUCUGGCCCCAAAUCUAGGAGCUCAUACCAACUCCGUGACAUUUGCGCCGUAACGUGUAGUUAAACUUAUUUGUCAAGUUUGCGAAUGCUCGAACUGGUGGAGAGUGGGCAUGAGAUGUCAACCCUUUGAAGAUAUGCGGUGUUGAUUGUCAACAAGACUUUAGAAACCCUAGGUCGGACCAAAACACAUGCAUGCCAUCUUAACUUUCGCUUCAAUUGUCUUCUUUCAACAACAAAUAACUUCCAUUCUAAGUGUCCUAGAUUAUUAAUGUACAUAAAUUGUCUUUAGUAGCUAAGCUAGCUACGGUCUUCAUCUUCUGCUUAACUCUUCACCUAUCCUCUAAUGCUUUCGGCAAUGGGAAAUGAACACCGAAAAUCUCAACCAAUUCUAAAGCUUUUGCUCUCCUAUAUACAGUUUAGCCAUGUCUUUGAGCUUGUGUUUUUUGUCGCUGGUUUGUGCCUUGGAGUCAUGGUCAGUUUGUACUGCAAGACCUUCCCAUUCAAGUUACAAACCACUGUAAAUGUUUUCUCUUCGUCACCACUGUCACUGUCGGUGCCAACUCCAGCAUUGCAAUUGCUCCCACAACCACCCUCACCGUCGCCAACUCCAACAUCACAAUUGCUCCCACAACCCUGCUCACCACCGCCUCUCCCAUUAGUAGACUUGGGUACUGAGGUUGAGGCAUUUAUGUUGCACAAGAUGGAUGAUGAUGAUGAGUUGGCUUGGAGGGCAUCAUUGGUUCCAAGGAUUAGAAGGUUUCCUUUUAACCAUGUGCCUAAAGUUGCCUUCAUGUUCUUGACAAAGGGACCUAUACCCUUGGCCCCAUUGUGGGAAAUGUUCUUCAAAGGUCAUGAAGGACUUUAUACCAUAUAUGUUCACCCUCAUCCUUCCUACGUAGAUUCAUGGCCUCAGAACUCUGUUUUCUAUGGAAGGAGAGUUCCAAGCAAGGAAGUUCAAUGGGGAAAACCAACAAUGAUUGAUAGUGAGAGACGCCUACUAGCAAGUGCUCUGUUGGACUUCUCUAAUGAGAGAUUUGUGCUGCUGUCCGAGUCUUGUAUCCCAUUGUUCAACUUCACCACAAUUUACAGCUACCUCAUGAAUUCCAGUGAGAGCAAUAUUGGCUCACAUGACGACCCGAGGAAGUCGGGUCGGGGCAGAUACAAUCCAAAAAUGUGGCCUGCAAUUAACAUAUCGGAUUGGCGCAAAGGCUCCCAGUGGUUUGAGGCCAGUCGAAAGCUUGCAAUUGAGAUCGUAUCAGACACCAAAUACUACCCCAUAUUCAAAGAGCAUUGCAAUCCUCCUUGUUACAUGGAUGAACAUUACCUCCCUACCCUAGUCAACAUUCUUGGCGUCGAAGACAACUCCAAUCGAAGCAUAACUUGGGUUGAUUGGUCCAGAGGUGGCCCUCACCCUAGAAGAUUUGUGAGGAAUGAUGUUUCAUAUGAGUUUUUGAAUCAAAUAAGGUUUGGCACCAAUUGCACUUGUAAUGGUAUUAAUGCAACCACUUGUGUGUGCUUUUUAUUUGCUAGGAAGUUCAUGGCAGACACUCUGCAACCUCUCUUGCAAAUUGCACCCAUUUUGCUAGGUUCCGUUUCAUAAUUAUAAUAUUUGUACAAAUAUGCGUUUAUGCAUAUCUAUUUAUUCCCGCAUGCCUGGGUGGUGGUGACUACUCAUGUAGCCCAACCAGCAGUGUUCAGCCUGUGGCAGCUCAGGCAUCUGUGAGUAGCCCAACCGGCAGUGUUCAGCCUGUGGCAGCUCAGGCAUCU